UCUAGGCAGCUCAUGGUUCUAAGCCUGACCUAUCAAAAAAAUCGUUUGUGUAGUCGUAAAAUUUCGGACAGCUCCGUCGAAAUUGAUUUGUAUUCAGCUGUUUAAGUUUGGGCAUGUCAAGAUAUCGCUAUGGGGAUCUAAUACUAGAGGCCUUUAUGGAGUUCCGGCGCCCAAUGGCUCUAGAAGAAGUGGUGGAAUAUGUGGCCGAGAUGACGGACAGGUCGAUUGUCGAGGUGCGUCUGCCCGUGGACAAUACACUGACAGCUGCCUGGCUGCAUGGAUUUGUGCAGCGGGAAAAUGAUCUCUAUUCGCUGGUGGAGGACGUGAGGCCUCCGCCUGGUGGCACCGAUCACAGGACUGGCACCAAUAGUUCCACAAGCUACAGAAACAGACCUAACUGAAUGCCAGCAGCAGGCGGUGAGAUUUUUAGUUCGGUUGAGAUACUUACCAAGUUCGAAUUUAAGGCUCCUCGAUUUCACGGGAUUUCUUUAUGCUGACACAUUCUUUAAGGGUAUAAGACGAAACUCCCAAUUCCAUGCCGAAGGACACAAUAACUGUUGGUAGGAUAUUUAAUCUAAGGCACAAAUCGUAUUUGAACAACUGUAAAAUUGUUCAAGAAAAAGCGAACGAAAAAAAUCAAAACCUUUUAGAAAGUUUAGAAAGUCUGCACUUUGAUUCCUUUCAAAUUAUCUGGUUUUAAAUAUGAGGAUAAACAAAUUAGCGAUUCAAUUCGCAAAUACGGGAAAAGAGUGGGAAUAUAAACGGGAAAGGACCCCUAACUCAUCCGGGUACUAUCUAUCGUAGAUCUCAGCGAAAUUACAGUUUUGUUGGGAGCGCAUUUAAUAAAUAAAAA